AUGACCACACCAUCUUCAGAUCGGAAGACCCCAGUGGACUAUGGUGUCCAGAUCCGCUUCAUUAAUGAUCUCUACGAGAAUGGUGGCGUGCAGCCUGUCACCCAGCCCAAGACCAAGUCUCAAACUGCUUCUAAAUAUGGUGUAGCAGUCAGGGUGCAAGGUAUUGAUGGCCAUCCAUAUGUGGUCCUGAAGGAUGGAAAGAAAGGAGAUUCGUAUGGGGUUCAGAUAAAGACCCAGUACUCUCCUGGCCAUAAUAGCCUUCCCCGGAAGAGAGAGAAGGCAGACCCAGGAAUAGAGGGAGAUCAUGUAGGAGGAGGAGAGCAGGGAGGGCCACUACGUAGAGCUCAGUCGCAUGGGUCGCUGCUUGACAGGGAUGGACGGGCUGAUAGUGAAGAUUUUCAGCUGUCUAGACCACCAGGGGAUGGGAAGUCUGGUAGUUAUGGGAAUCUGGAUGCAGGACUUGGAGUAAGGGAUGGAGAGCAGGGAUGGCAUGUCAGUGAUAGAGAGGGGGGCACUGAAAGAAAUAUGUGGCACGGUUCUUAUCAGUCAGGGCUUAACAGGUCACUGGGAUCAGUGAGGGACAGUCCUGAACCCCCUCCUCAGCAAUAUGAUCUAGACCAUAAUAAGAGACAGACGUCUGUCAACAGGCUAAUAAACAGGUUUGGUGGUGUUAAUGCUGGAGGCCAGCAGAGAGGACUUUCUCCUCCACAGCAACAUCCAAGAGCUGCAUCUCCUCCCACCACGGCCAACCCCUACACCUUGCCUGCAUCCUCAACUCACAGCAGCUUGGGCCGCAGCCAGGGCACUUUCAAAGUUCCAGGACACUCAGCGAAUCAGUGGACUUCAGUGGAGCCACCACAGCGAAAUCUGACUGAGGCACAAGUGACCCCUGACCUUUUGCUGGACCAGGGUCAGAGUGCAGAGCUGAGCAGUGAAGAGGAGCAGGCCAUGCAGACUGUAUACAACAUCCUGAGACAAGGGAGCAGUGAGACCGAUGUUAUUAUCAGGCACAAAGUAAAGCUCAUCUUUCAGAGGAUUCAGAACCUAAAGCCCAAACAAAACCUGAGGCAGGAGUGGAUAAGUGAGAAACGGAAGCUUGAAGAAAAGGUGACUGAACUACAAAUUGCACUGCUGGAAGAAAGGAAGGACUCUGUUAGCAAUUCUGAUCCUGCUCUGAAAGCUGAGCUGGAGAGGUGUCUGGAUGAAAGUCUGCAACUCCAGGAGAUGCUGGACCGGAAGAAAAAAGAAUUAAAUGAAACACAAUCAGAGUUGACUCAGUUGCGUAUGGAUAGGGAGAACGCUGAGAAGCGGGUCAGAGAAAUGGAGGACCAGCUGGCUGAGUUUCAAGAUGAGCUGAGAAGAGAGAACAGCAACAAGACGGACCUGGUGUCAUGUCAGGCACAGCUGAUGGAGUUCUGCCAGCUGAAGAAGAAGCUGGAGGAGACUCUGCGACAAAGAGAGAGGGAGCUUACAGCUUUGAAGGGCGCUUUGAAGGAAGAGGUGGCAACACAUGACAGAGAGAUCGAGGCGCUGCGAGAGCAGUACAGUGCUGAUAUGGAGAAGCUCCGCAGCAGCAUGGAGCAGGUGUCUCAGUCUCAUGCAGGAAUUGAGGCCGAGCGCUUGCGUGUAAAUGCAUCAGUUCGCUCCCUUCAGCAGCAGUUGGAGGACUGUCGAGAUGAGAGCAGCCACUGGAUGGAGCAGUUUCACUCUACCAGAGAUGAGCUUCGAACAACUAAGCAAGAGCUCCUGCAAACCCGUCUGGAGAAAGAAGAAUUUGAGGAAGAGCUAAAGGAACUCCAAGAGAAAAUGAACUCUGUCAAACAACAAAUACCAGAUCCCAGCCACACACAAAGUCUCAACCAGGAGCUCCAGCAGUCCAAAGCUGAUUGGCAGAAGGCCAAGUCUGAGGUAGAGAAAUUGCGGGUAGAGUUUGACAAAAAGGUCAUGGAGGUCAUCUCCUUAAAGAAAUCUCACCAGAACCAAGAGGCUGAACUGAAGUAUGAGAUUAACAGGCUGAAGGACCAGUUACAGAAGGCCAAAGAGGACUUCGCUAAGGCACAAGAGAAAAUAAACGGGUAUCUGCCAGACCCAGCAACAAUCUCAGAGCUGGAGCAGAAGUUUAAUGAGGCACUGAGUGAAGUUACCCAGCUCAAAAAGAAGCUCUCACUGACUGAAGAGGAAUUGGACAGCAGUAAAACACAGCUAAACAGAGCUCACCUGGACAUGAACUCACUCCAAGAUGCCCAGCUGGAGCAGAAGGAGGCCAACACUCGUCUCAAAGAGAAAAUCUCAAGAUUAGAGGCUCAGCUGCAGAGCAAUGCUACAGAGAGCUCAGAGGCAGAGCUCGCCCUCCACACUGAGGUGAGAGGCCUGAGAUCUGAGCUUGAUGAGGCUAAGAGGAAAGCCUCCAGACUGAGCCAGGAGCACCGUGAACUCAGCCAGCAUCUGGAGGAUUCAGAAAAGGACAAGGAGACACUCAGACAGACCAUCAGCCAGCUGGAGGACACCAAACGACAGCAGGAAGCUCUAGAGAAACUCAACAAAGAAAAUGAGUCUGUAAACAUGUCGUUAAGAGAGGAAGCGCAGGCUCUCAGGGUUCAGCUGGAUGAACAGAAAGAGAGAGCACGCAAGGAAAUGCAGGAGGCGCAGCGUCAUGGAAAUGAUGCUCAGUCUGAGCUGGAACGAAGCCAGAUAAAUAUAAGGAAAAUGGAGGAAGAGAUAUCACGACAGAAGAAGGAGCUGCUUCUUGCAUGUGAGGAGAGAGACAACCACCAGCUGGAUAAAGAGCUUCUCACCAACAGACUGCGCCACUUGGAGGGAGAGCUGGAGGCCAGCAAAAACAGCCACAGUGAGAAAACCCGAGAAAUCCGCAUCCUGGAGGACAAACUGAAGCGUUUGGAGUUGGAGGUGGAGGAGGAGAAGCAGCGUGGACAUGCUGACGGAGCGAGUGCUCGGAGCAGAGACCAGAUUGAUCGCUGACGGAGCGAGUGGCUCGAGCAGGACCAGAUUGAUCAGCUCCGCUCUGAGCUCAUGCAGGAGAGAUCCUCAACAGACCUGGAGCUGGAUAAGAAUGCAAUGGAGAGACAUCUGAAGGAGCUGAGGAGUCGAGUGGCUGACAUGGAGGGUCAGUCACGCUCCUCUGCGGGAGUCUCCCAGCUGGAAAACAAGAUUCAGGAGCUGGAAGAACGCCUACGUAGUGAGGAAAGAGAGAAGAACGCUGUGUUGGCAACACAACGCCGUUUGGAGAGGAAACUGAAAGACCUCAAUAUGACACUGGAUGAGGAGAGACAAACACACACUGAACAGAGAGACCAGCUUGCACUGAGAGUGAAGGCUCUGAAGAGGCAGGUGGAUGAAGGAGAGACAGAGCUGGAAAGGUUAGACGGACUGAGAAGAAAAGCUCAGAGAGACCUGGAGGAACAGAUGGAGCUGAAAGAGGCUCUGCAGGCCAGAGUCACAGCACUGGAAACUGAGCUUAAGAGGAAAACUCAGGCAGCAAUGCGCCCAACUUUGGAUUCAUCCGCUCUCAGCUCAGAUGAUGACGACAGCCUUUACGACCCUUCCACCAUUACCUCCAUCCUCACUGAGAGCAACCUCCAGACCAGCUCCUGUUAAAGCAGUGCUUCGGGAGCAGGUUGAAGGUUGGAAAAUAUAACUCUGCUAAGACGGAAGUGGAGGAGGGUGUCCAUUCGUUCCUUUAUAGGCUUGGAGUAAAACCAAAAGGCACUACAGACAAUGAGGAAGGGGAACCUGGGGUGGUAAUGACAUAUUUGGGUUAACAGGAGAGUGAUUUUUUAUUUUUUUUCCCCAUACCAGAGUGAAUUGAAGGAAACAAAACAUCCUCAACAUUUGAGGGAGUUUCCUUCAGCCUACAGCAUACACGCAUGUCCUCUAGGGCACAGUUGAAAUGCCUCCAUUUGAUGCACAUUGUACAGUAGCAGACAUUAAGGACUACUCAAGAUUCUCCAGCAUACAAAAACUCUAUCUGUAACAAAGUCAGUAGGUCAACUGCAUGACAAGAAAUGCAGUCUGAAACACACACACACACACACAAAAAACAAGCAGAAUAUGAUAUGCAUUUUUUUUGGCACAAAUUCAUUAGGUCUUUUUUCAGGGUUGAGAUUCUGGGUCAAGCACUUAAAGGUUCCUUGAUGGAAUCCUCAGUGAUAUUCCCAUCAUUUCCUCGCACAGUAGACAAUUUAAAUGUUGGACUUUUCUCUUUGGUUACUUGUUUUUCUUUUCCUCUCUUUUUUUUUUUUUUUUUUUUUGUACCGCAGUUGUCCACAAUGCAAAGAAUUAACUAACAAACAUGGACCAAAUGUUGACAUUGAAAGCAUUAAAAGCAACCUCAUAAAAUUCUUACAUUGUCUGAAAGUUAAUUUACUAACAUAAACCUCAUAUGGGCUGCAGAUCAGUCUUUCUGAAUGAAAUGAUUUUUUUCACUAAUGACAAAAAUAUAUAUUUUUUUGUUUAUAUUUUAUCUAUAGAACAUGUCCUUUACAUUUGAGACAUAGGUUUAUUCCACUGUCCAGAAUUCAGUGUCGCAUAAUACACAGGGAUGCUGAAUUGUACAAUUGGAACAAAAUUGGCUUCUUAUCUUGUCGUGAGGAGAGACACACAUUCUGCUUCAGGUAUAAUGAUAAAUGGUACAAAAGUGUUACAGUAAGUGUGAAAGUUCAGAUUAGACUUAACCGGUGAGUCUUCCUGGCAAACGUACCAGUGUUUUUGUUUUGUGGUUGACCACGACAGACACUGCUCACUUAAUAACUGUCCUUUGUAAGAAUAUGAAAGAAAAAUGUCUUUUCACUUUCAAAGAAAAAAUAGUGGCUAGAAUAUUUCAUCAGCCGGAAAUUUAAAGCUGCACAACUUGUAUGCAUUCCCUUAUAUCAAGCCUGUUAAACAUAUAUGUAAUUAUCAUGUAAUUAUAAUGCUUUGAAAGAAUAAUUUGUAAUUGAUUUAUUCUUUGAGAAUGAGUUUUGUAUAGUGUAUUUCAUAUUUGUAGAUUUUUUCAAGAUUUCUUUGAACAGUCAGCUGAGGUUUAAAAUCACAUUUUCUUUGGCAGUGUAAAGCUGUUUUCAAUUAAACUGGAAAAUGGUGCUGAAUAUGAUUUAUUAGAUGUUUUUUGCAUGAAUAUGUUGGAUUUCAAGAUACUGGUACACUGUAAAUGUUGACUGGAAAUAUUUCAUGCUGGCUGUAUUAAGAAAAAACGUUUUCUAUUACAUUAAUUAAU